UCCGUACACGAGGAGGCCGGGCCGGUCCGGCGGUCCCUAUAAAGGGCAUGUAGCAAUGGCGGGCGCCGUCGAUCGGCACGCCUCCACCGUACCUGACCACCUCCGUACCGUACGUUCCCAUCUCCAUCUCGGAUCUCUCCACCGCUGUGCGCCCGUGCCAGUGCCAACAUUGAUCCAGCCGGCCAGCUCCACUACUCCACAUGGAGGCGCUGCUCCCGAGCUCCAAGAUCAGCACGAUCCUGCAGUCCCACGUGUACCCGCGGUUCGGCCGCGUGCUGCGCGCCCUCGCCAGGGUCAAGUCCGUGCUCCUCGACGCCCUCGGCAGGACCAAGUGGGGCUUGCAGCGGCGGCGGAGAAAGCAGCACAGCGCCAUCGGCUGCGGCAGCUCGAAGAAGAAGAAGAGGACCAGCAGGCAGCAGCCCGCCGCCACCAGCGGCGGCUUCGCGAAGAGGCCGUCGCAUCUCACCUGGUCCGGCGGCUUGUCGCCGGCUCGGACCGCGGCCGAGGAGGCGCUGGACGUGAACUACCAGGUGUACCCGUGCUACGACUCGGCGUGGAGCGCGGUUGUCGUCCCGGCAGCGGCUCCCGGCGGCAUCGAGGGCGGCACGGUGGCGGCGGGCGAGUACUGUGGGUACCUGCGCUGGCUCGAGGAGGAGAUGCCGGACGAGGUUAUGGUCGUGGAGGAAGAGGAAGACGACGAAGGGGAGGAAGACGCCGAUGCCGCCGCCGGCGGCGGGAACGAGAUCGACCGGCUAGCGGAGCAGUUCAUCGCGAGGUGCCGUGCCAACUUCUUGCUGGAGAAGCAGGAGUCGUACGACCGGUGUCAGGAGAUGAUCGCCAGGAGCCUCUGAAUCCAUUGCUGAUACCCGCCGUUCGUCUUCGUCAGGAUUCGAUGCGUUUUUCUUUCACAGAGCCCAUGCGUAUGUGUUCAUAAUAAUCUGCGUGGCUGCUGCAUGAUCUAGUGCUAGAUAAAGUUUAUUUUGCUCUUAAGGGCAUGUGCUCUUACUUUCUCACCUAUUAAAUUCGUUUUAAAAAAUAUGCAAACAUAUCUCAAAUUCUCAAUGCGAAAGUACUU